AUGCAGAGUAACGUUUUCGUUGGUAUCAAACCGGGUCAGAUCAGUAAUUACAAAGAUAAUCAUUCCAUUAAGGAAGAACAUAGAGGAUCCUUUGAUUACUUAUUACUACCUAUAACAAAUUUAAGGUACAAAGAAAUCGUUAGGAAAGAAUUCGAUGAAUUUAAAAAUGGUAAGACUGAUUCUUUGAAAAUAUCUGAACCACAGUUGCAAGAUAUUUGCAUCUCUCCCUUCAAUAGUCAAGACACUACUGAUUCACCAAUGUAUAUCGGUUUACUUUCUUCUUGGCUAGAGUUAGAGAGUCAGGAUAUUGCAAAAAGGGAAGUCAGUUAUCAAGUGUUACUAAAUGAAUGCCAAUUUGCCCAAUUUGUAGGUAUCCAUAAACUGAUCUUGGCUCCUCCACGUGACUUGAGUAAUUUACAAUUGUAUUCACAAAGUAUUUUGAGAUUAUUAGCCCAUGAAAGUUUAAGCUCUGCAAAAUUGACUAUCUCCAUAUCAUUGCCUCUUUAUGAGGACACAGAACCUUUGGCUACAUGGGAACUGUGGAACACUGUGAGAAAAUUGUGCAAUUAUCAUGAAUCGUUAACAAUAUCAUUGGCAGUUCCAAGAAUCAAAACCCCUAGACACGUUAUAAACAGAUGGAUCGCCGAACCCGUUUCAUGCCUUUUAAUUUCAUCGUCCAUCUUCGCAACAAAUCAAUACAAUUAUCCAGUAUUACAUAAAUUCAAUCAGAAACUUAUUGCCAAAUUCCAAGAAGUUAAUGGUAAUUCAUUAAUGAAUUCAAAUAACUUAUGCGUCAUUUUACAUAGCAUGGAAAAAUAUUCCACACAAAUCAAAGGUGGAGAAAAUUCUUACAUUGAAUAUAUUAACUAUUUAUUGAAGAAAGGCGAUAGACAAUUGUCACAAAAUGCAUUCGAUUCUAGCUUACCACAAUUGAUGUCACCUUUGAAACCACACUCGGACAUGUUGAGUAACUCCAUUUACUCCAUUUUUGAAAGAGAUACAAUGAAAUAUGAUCUCUAUGAACAGGCAGUCUAUGACGCAUUGUCUGAUUUAUCGUUAAUGGCCACAAAAUCAAAUCCAUUAGUCAUUCUUGUAGCCGGAGCCGGCCGUGGACCACUUGUUGAUAGAACGUUUAGAUCAAUUAACAAAUUAAAUUUAUUAUCAAGAACUAAAUUGAUCGCUGUGGAGAAAAAUCCACAAGCUUUUCUCUUCUUACAAAAGAGAAAUUUCGAAUAUUGGAACAAUAAAGUACAAUUACUCAAUCAAGAUAUGACAAAAUUGAAAAAUUUCAAUUUGGAAGUUGACCUAUGUGUCAGUGAACUCUUAGGUUCUUUUGGUUGUAAUGAAUUAUCACCAGAAUGCCUGUAUUCCAUACAGCAAUCUUUUGGGAAACCAUCGACUAUUUUCAUUCCAUCUUCGUAUACUUCUUACGUGGCUCCUAUAUCUUCUCCUCUAAUUCAUCAGAAAUUAAAAUCACUAGAUCAUGAUAAAAAGCCCACGGGUGAUAAAACCCAAGAUUUAUUUGAGUCAAUCUGGGUUUCUCACAAGAUACCAUACAAUAUUCUAUCGUCAAAGAUAAAUGAAAUAUGGAGUUUCCACCAUCCAUUACCUGAAGGAAAACUUACUAGUUUCAAAUUUUCAAGAAACGUUACAACAGGAUUUAAAAUCAAGCAUAAAGGUGAAAUUCAUGGAUUAAUCGGGUUUUUCAAAGCGACUUUAUAUAAGGAUUUGAGUUUUUCAAAUCUUCCAAAUGACACAAAUGCCUAUUCAUGGUCUCCAAUAAUCUUCCCACUAAAUCAGCCAUUAAGUGUCACUGACGAUACAGAAGUUAAUGCAUUACUUUCGAGAGUCAACUCAGGUAAAAAAAUCUGGUAUGAGUGGUCAUUAGAAAGUUUCAUCUACGUUGUUAUGCCAAGACAUAGCUUAUCGAAAAUGGACUUCAUCGAUGAUACCAAGGGAAGCAAUAUCCUCACUAGUAGCAAUGACAAUAACAAUAACAAUAAUAAUAAUAAUAUUAAUAAUAGUAGUAAUAAUAAUUACGAUGACCAUAAUUAUAACAAACCGGCUAGUCAUGAGCUUGAUUCUGGAAUCGACGAAAAUGGAUUUUUGCCUAAUUUUGAAAAUGGAUGGCAAAGCGUCAACGAUAUUCAUGGUUUACACAACAGUGUGGUAGAAAGUCCCAUGUUCAACUUGGGAAGUCCAAAUCAACUAGACGAAGAUAUCAAUCAAGAAGAACAAGUAGAUGACGAUAUUCCUGAAAUUCACAUUAAAGUGGAGACGGGUAUCUCAAAGUUGCAUAAUAUUAAUGGUCAAUCUUUUUCGAUACCAUUAUAG